UAAUUUGAUAAUGCGUUCCAAAGUUAUAGGCAAUUUUAGGUAGCUUGCGUGGGUGGUGCCUAUACUUGUUCCAUUGACUGUAUGUUCGUUUUUGCGUGUUUAGAGUACUGUGGGCAUAAAUCAUACUAGUGGCUCAUCUUGAAUGGUCAUAAAACUGCGUUAUUUCAUUGUAUCAGGGUCAAUUACUGAAUUUCACCUGAAUGCAUUAUUAUAUUAGUAUAAAAUCUGUUUUUAUUUGGACUUACUUAAUUAUAUGAAGUCAUGAAUUUAUUUGUCACUACUAUAUACAUAACCAGUCUCCCUGAUUAUGUAUAGUGCAAGCAACAUCAAAAUAUACUACAUACAGCCAAUCAUUGUGCAAUGUAAUUGUAAUUAAUGUAAUAUGAUUAAAGAAUGCUUUAAUAGCUUUGGCAUAAAACGGUUUGUCCGAAAAUAUUUUUCAAGAACGAUUAGAAAGUAAAAACAACAAAUAGGCAAAUAUUUAAAGCAAGAAAAUGAAAGUUGUUGUAAUUAACAAAUGACAAAGGAGUACGUAUAUUCAUGUGGCAAGUACAGCUUGCGUGAAGAUAAAAAGAUAACUUUUCAAAUCAAUUCUUGCACCGAUCUGAAUUUUUGUGUGGUUCAAAUAUAUUCAAAAGAAAGCGGUACAUAGUUGAUCCUUGCAGACAUUGGACCCGUAAGAGCCGAAGCCAAAUAAAAAAAAUGUGUAGUUUUUUAAUCGAUCAUAGUUUUUGUGAUCUCUCCUGAAGGUUACUUCUGCCAACAAUUUAACACUUGUAUCUUUGACAGUUUGAGGCUAUUGUUGAAAAUUAAUUCAAGUUAAUUGAAGCUGAUUAGAAUUGAAGUUAAUUUUCAGGAAAGUGAGAGUCUUAUCUCCGCACACGCGUAGUAUUAAUAAUUGUGCAAAUUAAUCAUAAUUAUGAAUAAGCUAUCGGUGUCAACACACAUGUAAUAAAAAUUUUAUAAUUUGGUUACUGCAGGAAAUAAUUUAAACUUUUAUACACUCUCCAGCAUAACGCUUCUACAAAUCUAAAAUGUCACUACAGAUAGUUGCUCAUACACAACGCCAAACUCUGCUGUCUAAUUCCAACGUUUUUAUUCUUAUUGGUUAUUACUUGUCCCUAACUAAUUUGGGUUCUGCCGAAGAAGGUGGUCUGAAAUUCGGAUACAAUGGAAAAGUUUAUAGCUUCUCUACGGCCACAUGCCCAGGCGGAGUAUUUUUCAAAAAACCCCUGAAGCUCGAUUUUCUGUGUCCAAAUGGAUAUUUUUUAAAAAGAUCAAAUGGAUGUUCAAACAAAGCUGAGGAAAUCAUUAGUGCAGAAAACUUCAAGUGUUUUCGGAUUAAAAAGCACGAGCUCAGGGUUCAAUCGUUAAUAUCGAUGACCAAUCCGGAUUAUCCAACGGCUCACACAGUCACGCUUUAUGAUGACGAGGUAUUUCUCAAAGGGUUCAGGAGGUACACGGUCGAGUCUGCUGUGAGAAAAUCUUACAUCCCAAACGAAAAUGAAACUUCCGUGAUAAUUGUCAUCAAUCCUCGGCACACACAACCAAUGAAGAUCGGAGGGUUAUGUUAUAAAGGAGUCGCAAAUGGCGAGGGAUCAGCUUUCAAAGUGAAAAUUAAGGGCUACAAAAACAAAGUUUUCGAUUCAAAGAACUUUUUCAAAAAGGGUUGUGGGAAAUUUACAACUCCUGUCGUUCUAGAAGAUGGUCAACGAUUUCGUAUACUAGUUGAUCGAGAUGCAUUACAUGUCAACACUACAGAAUUCUCUAAAUUAGCAUUAGAAGCACGUAUGGCUAAACCUGCACGAAACAUAGAUUUGGAUGCUGAUGAUGAGAGUUCAUACGUGGCGUUGAUGCGCGCAAAGAAGAACGACGAAAGUAAUGAGCAAGUUUUUCUUGACUUGCGAAAUAAUGAAGAUGAUGAUGUAGGCCAAAAAAUGUUGGGAGAAAAAUUGGAUGACAGCAGUAAUUUGGCAACUCAACAAACUAACGACGAUGAGAAUGUCACUGAGAAUGUCGAAGCUAGAACAGACGAUGGACACGAAGAUUAUGCCAAGGAAGAUGACGACCUUGCAACAACUGACAACAAUACUGGCCCAAAAGGGUUUAUUGCUAUCCAGAAAUUUGACGAUGUUGAAACUGCGACAAAAAUAGAUGAAGAUAAUGAAAUUGAAAACCUUGAUAGCUCCAACAGCGAUAAAUUCACAACUGAAACUUUUAUUGAGACUACAGAAGAGGCACCAGUUGCAGAAAUAUACUUUCCCAUAGGCUCAAAUCCCGAUAGUAUUUCUAAACACAUUUCAAAUGAAGAAAGUACAUCAAAAAUUGAUGAUGGUCAUAAAACUCCACAUAAAACAAAGAAGAAAUCAGAAAUCUCAAAUAAUAAGAAAGUUUUGAGAAAACCAAAUAAAGGGAGCAACCAUUCCACGCGACACAAAGGCCCGUCGAAUGCCAGGAAACGCACCAGAAACACAGAAGAAAUAGUUCCUUUACAAGUCACGGACUUAAAAGACGAAGUUGUUUUAAACUAUGCCAAAGCGGACUUAUCCAACUAUGUAGUGGAAUUGGUCCAUAUUGCACGACAAACUGUCUACGAGGGAAUUGGAGAAGUGGACAAAAAAGGCGUCGAAAUUGUUCCUCAGUCCGGUGGCGCAAAUGGAUCAUUAGUUUCCUACUCCACCGAGUGGUACAAAAUGCUGAAGGGUUCCGUUGAAGUCGUCGCAAAAAUUCUUCCCACCGCGUCCAUUCCACCACAAAUGUUUCGAGACGCGUUAAAUUUGGUUGCGCUCUUGGGUAAAAAUGUAGACAGGGAGAUUAGCCAUUCGGAAUCUGAGAAAAUUCUGACUGGGUUGAAGGACUGUGCAAGUUAUCCAAAAAUGAAGAUUGAGUACGCUUACGAUAAAGAUGUCUGUCCGCCAAGACUCAAGAAUCUCACCGUGUGGGGCGUAGAAUGGGAUGAAUCUACGUCUGCUUACAAGGAGAACGUACCCUUUGAAAUAGUGGACAUCAGUUCAAUGGAUCAAUCUAUAUUUGGGGGAAAGGGUUAUCAAAGCACUUCCCACAUGUAUUUUGAACUAAUUUUCAUGGCUUUUGAUCUUGCUUACACUGUUUGCCAUCAAAACUUCAAGACGAUGAUGAAUUCCCACGCUAAAUUUGGAAAACACGUUUCCUCCAUAUUUCUGCAGGAUGAUCUCUACAAGAGAUGGACCGAAACUGAGAGAAUAUCCGAUAACGUCUAUUUGACGCUACUCACAUCAUGGAAUGGACGUCGUUUUCCUGACAUAACGCUGGAGUUGGAUGCACUACGAUAUGCUAUAAAAAGUAGAUCCGUACCUUCAGCAAAUAUUGACAUUCGUAAACUUUUCAAAAAAAUGCAACGCAUGGGAAACACUGUAUCAGCUCAAGGACAUAAAUCUGGGGCGUGCCUCUGUGGAAUGGAUAAUAUUUUGAGAAAAUGCAGAAAGUGUGAACCUGUGUCAAAAGGAUACCAACGAAUAAAGAGAAGCAUCAAUGAUGUGGAUGAUAGGUCGGCGUUACUACAAAAUCGUGAGAUUUGGCGUACUGCUUAGAUGUUUCAUCCGUUGAGAAUGCCUGGGGACAAAGUCAUGGAUUGGGACUGGACCCACCUCUCCACAUUUUUAAAGAGGAAUCAUACUGUUGAGUUGACGCAGUCGACUCAUUGUAUGGUCAUUUGGUUACAAAAUUAUUAAACUCGCAAAUUGUGUGUGCAUGUAUGUAAGUCAUAAAGAUGAAUUAUUUGCCUUAGAAUUCAGAACCGGCUAAUUUUAUAUUUAUUUUUCGGCCAUGAAUUGACCUCUAAUCAAUUCCCGUUUCAAUAAUUAUCUUGUAACUCGGCAUAAAUAAUUAAUACAAACUUAAUCUACUAAACUAUGCAUAAUUAUUUAAAUAAAUACGUACGCAUAAUUGUAUUAUUAUA